AUGGGGCCUCGAAGACAAUUUCACCCCCAUACGCGUACAGAAUGGGAGGAGAUCCGCCCGACUUUCACAGACCUCUAUCAAAAUCAAAGGAAGAAGUUUCCCGAGGUCGUGGAGAUUGUCGGACAGCAAGGGUUCCAUGCUAGAGAAUGCCACUACAAGACGUAUAUCAAAAAAUGGAGGCUCGACAAGAAGAACCAGCAAUCAGACAUGAUCUUUGCCUUCCAAAAACUACGGGAAAGACAGGGAAUGGACACCACUUUCCUGAUCCGGGGACAGCUUCGCUCCCGCGAGAAUGUCGAACAUUACUGGAAGCGUACACGCCUCAAUCCAGCAUGCUUUUCGCCGGUCCCACAUACUCCUGACGGUGUGGAAUAUCGCACUCCAAGCCCAUCUGUCGGAGGAAACUCUGAUGAAGCUGGACCUAAGGAUACGAGACAGGGUGCUGAUCGCUCACCUUUCGCCGGAGGCGACCACGUCGUGCUUUUCCAUUCUCCCGAGCCGUUGCGGACCCAAGACCAGGCCUUGCACUAUGCUAAGGUGCUUUUCCAAACCCAUGGCGAGCGUGCAGAUCCUAAUCUGGACGUUGUCUAUUCGGAUGAGGUCGCCGGGUUUCUCGAUAAGCUCAUUGCAAGAGCCUAUAGUGCUUUGGUGGCCAUAGAUCAAAACAAGUCCCUGAUCAGUAUACAAGGUCGUUUGCUCGAUACGCUCGAAUUGAUUCCAGAAAUGUUGCGUCCAAGGUACACGGUCUCCGGCAUCGACGAUGAAAAAAGGAUGGUGAGCCGUAACAUUGUGGAGAAAACAGGCAAUGUGUAUGGUGAUGGUCACCUGGUAUCGUUGCUUCUGAGGGCUCUGAUUCGAUCUUUUGAUAAUGUUUUCACAAUAUCGGAGAUGAUCAUGUUGUCUGGGAAAGACAUAAUGGCACCGGGUCUCAGGCAAGACUAUGCUGGAAUGGAAGAGGUGCUCAGAUGUCUCUGGGAUGUUUCUGUGUUGUUUGGCAGUUUGAGUACAGCCCUGAAACAAGCUAACAAGCUCUACAGGAUGUGUUUUUCCAGACGCAGAAAGUACAUGACUGAAAGCAGUCUCACCUCUCUUCUGGUACGCCAUUCUCGGCUGGCAGCGACUCAUUUAACAUUUGGAAACUACGCGGAAAGCGACUUCUGGAUCGAAGAGGGACUCCGAACCUGCUGCCAGGCUCAGAGUCCAGAAACUUGGGCCGAUGCUUGA